UUUUUACCAAACCAGAAAAUUGCUUCUAAUGUCAGAACCCACAGUGUUGGUAAAUGUGGGAAUACUUCUAUGGGUUCUUCAUUCUUCACACAAAAACAGAAAGAGAGGACAGAUUCUUUCCAGUGUACUCAGUCUGGCACAACUUUUAAUGGAGACUCACACUUCACUGUACAUCAGACAGUUCUUACAAGAGGGAAACCAUAUAAAUGUGAUUUUUGUGGAAAGGACUUUAGUCAAAAAUCAAACCUUGCCUGUCAUCGUAGAAUUCACACUGGGGAGAAACCUUACAAAUGUAAUGUGUGUGGCAAAGCAUUUAAUAAUGGCUCACACCUCAUUUUACAUAAAAGAAUCCAUACCAGAGACAAACAAUAUAAAUGUGAUGUUUGUGACAAAGUAUGUAUCCAGAAGGCAAAUCUUGCACGACAUCGUAGAAUUCACACUGGAGAGAAACCUUUUAAAUGUAAUGAAUGUGCUAAAGUUUUUAGACAAAAUUCAACCCUUACAGAACAUCAGAAAAUUCAUACUGGGGAGAAACCUCAUGAAUGUAAUGAAUGUGGCAAAGUCUUCCGUCAGUCUUCAACCCUUGUCAGUCAUCAAAGAAUUCACAGCGGAGAAAAACCUUACAAAUGUGAUGAAUGCGGCAAGGUUUUUAGGAGCAAUUCAGAGCUUACUAAACAUCAGAGAACUCAUACUGGAGAGAAACCUUACAAAUGUAAUGAGUGUGGCAGGGCAUUUAAUGAACGCAAAAGCCUUACUGACCACCAGAAAAUACAUACUGGAGAGAAACCUUACAGGUGUAGUGAGUGCGACAAAGUCUUUCGUCUGUCUUCAAUUCUUGCAGUUCACCAGAGAAUCCAUACUGGAGAGAAACCUUACAAAUGUGACGUAUGUGGAAAGGCCUUUAGUCGCAGUUCACUCCUUGCACAACAUCGAACUAUUCAUACUGGAGAGAAAUCUUACAAAUGCAAUGACUGUGACAAGGUCUUCAGAGUGUUGUCAAGCCUUAGGAGUCAUCAGAAAAUUCAUACUGGAGAGAAACCGUACAAAUGUAAUGAAUGUGGUAGAUGUUUUCGUCAUAAUUCACACCUUGUAGAACAUACGAAAACUCAUACUGGUGAGAAACCUUACGAAUGUAGUGAGUGUGGCAAACUCUUCCGUCAGUCUUCAACCCUUGCAUAUCAUCAGAAAAUUCAUACUGGAGAGAAACCGUACAAAUGUAAUGAAUGUGGCAAGGUCUUCAGGAGCAAUUCACAUCUUGAGCAACAUCGCAGAACUCAUACUGGAGAGAAACCUUACAAGUGUAGUGAAUGUGACAAAGCAUUUAUUCUCCAUAGACACCUUAUUAACCACCAAAGAAUCCAUACUGGAGAGAAACCUUUCAAAUGUAAUGAAUGUGGCAAAGUCUUUCGUCAGCCUUCGAACCUUGCUAUUCAUCGGAAUAUUCAUACUGGAAAGAAACCACACCAGUGUAAUGAAUGUGGCAAAGUCUUUAGUAGCAAUUCACACCUUGCAGAACACCGGCGUAUUCAUACUGGAGAGAAACCUUACAAAUGCAAUGAGUGUGGGAAAGCCUUUAGAGUGUCUUUUAGCCUUACUAACCAUCUAGCAAUUCAUACGGGGAAGAAACCUCAUCAAUGUAAUGAAUGUGGCAAGUUCUUUAGGCACGCUGUAGACCUUGCACGUCAUGGCAGAAUUCACAGUGGAGAGAAACCAUUCAAAUGUAGUGAGUGUGGCAAAGUCUUUCGUCAGUCUUCUGCUCUUUCAUGUCAUCGGAGAAUUCAUACUGGAGAGAAACCUUACAAAUGUGAUGAAUGUGGCAGAGUCUUUCGUCUGUGGUCAAUGCUCUCAGUUCAUCGGAGAACCCAUACUGGAGAGAAGCCAUACAAAUGUGACAAAUGUGGCAAGGAUUUCAGUCGCAGUUCACUCCUUGCACAGCAUCAGACUAUUCAUACUGGAGAGAAAUCUUACAAAUGCAAUGACUGUGGCAUUGUCUUUCGUCACUAUUCAACCCUUUCACGUCAUGGGAAAAUUCAUACUGGGGAGAAACCUUACAAAUGUAAUGAAUGUGACAAGGUCUUUCGUCGCAAUGCACAUCUUGUACAACAUGAGAAAAUUCAUGGAGCGAAACUUUGCUAAGGUAAUUAAUGUGACUUCGUCUCCGAUGAUCAUACCUUGCAAAGUCUUGGAGAAUUCAUUUUGGAGAAAAAUCUUCCAUACGUAAUGAAUGGUUAAAACUUUUAACUUUCUUUGUUGGCUUUUACCAUCAAUGCAUCCAUAGUGAAGAGAGCUGUUACCAGUGUUAUGGAUGUGGCAAGGCCUUAAGGCAGAAGUCUGAUAGUCUUCACUGGAGGGUUUAUGCUAUAUGAGCCCUCACAUAUGUAAUGGAUGUGCCUGAUCUCUUAAUGUACACUCAGCCCUCAUAAGGCAUUAAGUAAUUUGUACUGGUGAGAAAUCUUACAGAUGAAGUAAGCAUGGCCAAUCCUUUAGUAUGUUUUCCCAGCUCUCCAGACAUUGGGUAAUCCAUAAUGGAGAGAAACCGCAUAAUUGUAAUGAAUGUGACAAGUUUUCCUGUCAAAGUUCACAUGUAUGUUACAGCAUUCAUACAUGGUAAACCUUACAAAUGCAAUGGCAUAACAAAUUCAUUCUUAUGAGUUGGUGCAUUAAUUGCCAUCAGAGAAUCCAGGGAAAUUUAUAAUUGCUUGUGAUUGAGCAGCAUUCCCCAUUUUUUUAAGAGGUUUUUU